CAUUUUCAUAUCCCCACUGACUGACUGACUGACUGACUGGCUGAGAGGGAACCGAAGAAUCUUCCCUUGAGAAGUUGCCUUGCUUCGAUUCCAAGCCAUCAUCAAUUCAUCCUCUUCACCCACUCUCUCACCCACUCCCUCACCUUUCUCUUGCUCAUCUUCUUCCUCGUGAAGGAAGAAUUUUUGCUCCCCCCCCCUCUGUUGCAGCCUUCAGUUUUUGCCUCCGACGUGUGAAAUUCUCGCGCAGAACAUGCCGUAUGUAGUCGGGAGUCCUCAGACAACAGACUUGGACGGUUUCUUUCACCCUCCAACAAUGAACAGGAGGUGAUUUUAUGUUGGUUGUCCAGACAAUGACUAUCUUGUUAGAAAUUUUAACUACAGAUUGAAGUGAUAAUGGAAAGAAAGCCAUUGCCAGCAUGGUCAUUUUCUGUGGAGCAGUGUUUGAAACGGUACAAUGUGAGGUUAGAUAAGGGUCUUAGCACCUAUGAGGCCGAGAAGCGUAGAGAGAGCUAUGGAUGGAACGAACUCUCCAAGGCGAAGGGAAAGCCUCUGUGGCAACUCAUAUUAGAUCAAUUCGAUGAUAUGCUUGUUAAAAUACUUCUGGGUGCAGCAUCCAUUUCAUUCAUCUUAGCUUAUAUGCACGGAUACGAGUCAGAUGGGUUCAAGGCUUAUGUUGAGCCGUUUGUGAUUGUGCUGAUCCUAGUCCUUAAUGCCAUUGUUGGGGUAUGGCAAGAAACCAAUGCUGAAAGAGCGCUGGAGGCCCUUAAGGAGAUGCAAUCUAAAUCCAGUAAGGUUUUAAGGGAUGGUUAUUGGGUUCCAGAUUUGCCUGCAAGGGAGCUUGUUCCAGGUGAUAUAGUUGAGCUUCGGGUUGGUGACAAAGUCCCCGCGGAUAUGAGAGUCGCUGUUUUGAAAACCUCAACGUUUGGAGUUGAGCAGAGCUCAUUGACGGGUGAGGCAAUGCCCGUCUUGAAAGGCACUGAUCCUGUAACUUUGGACGAUUGCGAAUUACAAUGCAAGGAAAAUAUGGUCUUUGCUAGCACGGUUGUAGUAAAUGGAAGCUGCAUAUGUGUUGUUGUCAGUACAGGGAUGAGCACUGAGAUUGGUAAGAUACAGAAGCAAAUACACGAGGCUUCUUUGGAAGAGAGUGAUACUCCUUUGAAGAAGAAGCUAGAUGAAUUUGGUGGCAGGCUAACAACUGCAAUUGGGCUUGUUUGCCUCGUUGUGUGGCUUAUAAACUACAAAAAUUUCCUGAUAUGGGAUAUGGUGGAUGGGUGGCCUGCAAAUGUGCGAUUCUCGUUUCAGAAAUGCACGUACUAUUUUGAAAUAGCUGUUGCCCUUGCUGUUGCUGCCAUUCCAGAAGGUCUUCCUGCUGUAAUCACAACUUGUUUGGCUCUGGGUACACAGAAGAUGGCACAAAAAAACGCCAUUGUGCGGAAGCUGCCAAGUGUAGAAACUCUAGGAUGCACAACUGUAAUCUGUUCUGAUAAAACUGGAACCUUGACAACAAAUCAGAUGUCUGUGUCUGAAUUUUUCACUUUGGGUGGGAAGACCACAUCCGCUCGAGUAUUCCGUGUUCAAGGCACGACUUAUGAUCCUAAGGAUGGUGGUAUUGUUGAUUGGAAUUGCUACAAUAUGGACAUUAACCUGCAGGCGGUGGCAGAAAUUUGUGGAGUCUGCAAUGAUGCUGGUAUACAUAAUGAAGGCUGUCGUUUUCGAGCCACAGGUUUGCCCACCGAGGCUGCUCUUAAGGUUUUAGUUGAGAAAAUGGGUGUUCCAGAUGCCAAAGUCAGGAAUAGAAUUCGUGAAACACAGCUUGCUGCUAGCUAUUUGAUCGACUGCAAGACGGUGAAUUUAGGUACAUGUGAUUGGUGGAAUAAGAGAUCGAAAAGAGUUGCCACACUGGAAUUUGAUCGUGUUCGAAAGUCUAUGAGCGUUAUUGCCAGGGAACCAUCGGGUCGUAAUAAGCUUCUUGUUAAGGGGGCUGUUGAGACUUUACUUGAACGCAGCUCUCACGUGCAACUAGCAGACGGAUCCCGUGUACCAAUUGAUGAAUCUUGCAAGCAACUUCUGCUAUCAAGGCUUCUGCAGAUGAGUUCAAAAGGAUUGAGAUGCCUGGGCUUGGCAUACAAGGAUGAACUUGGAGAGCUCUCGGACUAUUAUGGUGAUCGGCAUCCGGCCCACAAGAAAUUACUUGAUCCAGCUUCUUACUCUUCCAUUGAAAGUGACUUGACUUUUGUUGGAGUCGUUGGGUUACGAGAUCCUCCACAUGAUGAGAUCGACAAAGCUAUUGAUGAAUGUCGACAAGCUGGGAUAAAGGUUAUAGUGAUAACUGGAGAUAACAAGUCUACUGCUGAGGCUAUUUGCCGCGAAAUUAAGCUGUUCUCUGAAAAAGAGGAUCUUAUUGGGAGGAGUUAUACUGGUAAGGAGUUUAUGUCUCUUUCAUCUACCCAGCAAAGUGAAAUUUUGGAGAAACCAGGAGGGAUAGUCUUUUCUCGUGCGGAGCCUAAGCAUAAGCAGGAGAUUGUGAGAAUGCUGAAGGAGAUGGGUCAUAUUGUGGCAAUGACUGGUGAUGGUGUGAAUGAUGCCCCUGCUCUUAAACUUGCUGACAUUGGGAUUGCGAUGGGCAUGAAUGGAACUGAGGUUGCAAAAGAAGCUUCAGAUAUGAUCUUGGCAGAUGAUAACUUCAGUACGAUUGUGUCGGCUGUUGCAGAAGGUCGCUCAAUAUACGAUAACAUGAAGGCUUUUAUCCGAUACAUGAUAUCAUCUAAUGUUGGAGAGGUAAUCUCUAUUUUCCUGAAUGCUGUGUUGGGCAUCCCGGAGUGCUUGAUCCCAGUUCAGCUCCUGUGGGUGAAUUUGGUUACCGAUGGGCCACCUGCUACGGCUCUUGGUUUCAACCCUGCUGAUAGCGAUAUCAUGCGGAGACCUCCUCUCAAGAAUGAUGAUGCUCUGAUAAACUCUUGGGUCCUUUUCCGCUACUUGGUGGUUGGUUCUUAUGUGGGCUUGGCGACUGUGGGCAUUUUCAUUAUGUGGUACACACAGGCUUCUUUCCUUGGUAUUGAUCUCGUGAGCGAUGGGCAUACGCUCGUCGAACUGUCCCAACUUCGUAACUGGGCAGAGUGCCCUUUGUGGUCAAAUUUCAGCGUUACUCCUUUCGUGGUUGGUGGAGGCCACACAGUCGCCUUCUCAAACCCCUGUGAUUACUUCACAAUUGGGAAAGUGAAAGCCAUGACUCUGUCCCUCUCAGUUCUGGUUGCUAUCGAGAUGUUUAACUCUCUGAAUGCUCUGUCCGAAGACCACAGCUUGGUCACUGUGCCACCAUGGCGGAAUCCUUGGCUUCUACUUGCGAUGGCAUUCUCGUUUGGGCUGCACUGUCUCAUUCUUUAUGUUCCCUUCCUUGCGGACAUAUUUGGUGUUGUUCCGUUGAGUCUGAACGAGUGGCUAUUGGUCGUAUUGAUAUCUUCACCGGUAAUCCUUGUAGAUGAGGUGCUCAAGUUGGUGGGCAGAACCAGGACCCGAAGAUUUAGAGCAAAGGAGAAGAUGGCAUGAGAUUUUGCUCGGUCAUGUGAUUACCCUGACAGCACAUUAGGGCUGCCUGGUGGAUCGGGCCAAGGAGCUCUGGCAUGCUGCCUCCUUUUCACGUAGCCUUCCCGUGAUGAGCAGUCCCUCAAGGCAGCAGCCUGCUUCACCUGACUCCACCUUAGACAUGCUCCUCCAUCAACGCCCGGCUCCAGCACAAGCUCCUGGAUAACCUCUCCGACAAGGCAUGCUCCUCAAUUUUGUGUGUUUAUCGAUGUUUAUUGAUGAUCAUUGUGUAAGGAGAAUACUUCUGGAAUCCUUUCAUUGCAUCGGAAAUGCUGGAAGCC